GUCACACAACGGAGGUAUAAAUAACACUACUGCCGAGUACUUCAUUGGCAAUUCAUACUGGGAGGUUACCACAUUCAACAUGGCGGUAACAUGGACGUUUCGGUGUUCGGUGUGGGUAAUGUUGUCUGGGUUUGUCACGGCGUAUGCUGCCAACUACUGCUGGGCCAGUGAUGUAUCGUGGAUGAUCAAAACUGCAAUUUGUAUCUUUGCUGGUUGGUGCGGAUUGUCAACCAUUGUAGCUUUACACAUCUCAACUCUACGCUGUUCCGAGAGCCACACUUUAGCAACUCUAUUGAUUCAGUAUUUGAUGAACCAGAUUCCAAGUCUCAUGGCCUCUUCUGUCUACUCUGGCAUCAAGAAAGUCUGGCAACGUCCUAUGGAAGAGCAAGAGAAGUUUCUUAUGAAGCUGCUCGCCCGUGAUGCGAAGACGGAGUACGGCAUGACACACGGCUUCAGCGACAUCAAAUCUCUUCAAGAGUUCCGUGAGAAGCAUCCACUCACUAAGUAUGAACACUAUCGAGAUUACUUCACCAGGCUGGCAGACGGGGAAAAGAACGUCUGCGUUGCGGAAGAAAUUCAUAGGUUUGGCACAACGUCUGGCACAACAGGAAAGAGCAAGGUUAUCCCGUCAAAGGCACUCAGUGGAGUUUCUAACUUUGUAUCCUUUCCAAGGCGAUUAACCAAAAUAAGCCCAGUGCAGAAGUCUGCAAUACUGUACUGCAAACCAGCUAUGAAGUUUACGGCAACAGGUUUGCCUAUUGUGCCUUUCUUCUUCACGUCUGAAGACGAUAGAAGAUUCACGAACGUGACUGUGAAUUCGCCAUUCAGCGCCUUCCAAAUUAUCACAGAUUUCGAAGCCACCUAUGUCCACAUGCUAUUUGCCCUGACGGACAAGAACAUUUUCCAGUUGGUAGCCGCGUUUGCCUCGCAAGUCUACAGAGGAUUGAAAAUGCUGGAAGACGAGCAGGAGAUGUUUUUAGAGGAUCUGACUCUAGGAAGGGUUAACCCGAAGAUACAACUCGAUGAGGGAAUUCGACGGUCUCUGGACGCAGCUUUGACGGCAGACCCAGCGCGAGCAGACGAACUGAGGAGGGAGUUUGCUAAAGGCUUCGUGGGCAUCGUGGGUAGAAUCUGGCCUCAUCUCGAGUUCAUAUCCGCAAUCGAAAUUUCUGGGUACUUGAGAAAAAUUGAAGCAAGAUAUGCCAAAGGUACCAGGUUUUUCACCAUAGCCUAUGGCAGCACAGAAGGAAUAACUGCAUAUAAUUAUUUUCUGAACAAGAAACCGCCACAGUAUGUACUGCUUCCUGACCAAAUGGUGGUUGAAUUUAUCCCCGAACAUCUCAGUGGCGAAGAGAAUCCAGAUACGCUCUUAAUGGACGAGGUCGAGGUUGGCAAACGGUAUGAGAUCGUUCUCACCACCACAUUGGGAUUAUACCGGUACCGCCUUGGGGACGUGAUUGAAAUAGUCGGGUUCCAUGAGAGGUGCCCCGUGAUUGCCAUGAGAUAUCGAACUGGUGAGUUACUCAAUCUACGCAGUGAAAAGAUCGAUGUGCUGGUGGUUAACAACGCCGUCCAGGACUUACUGGCAGGACUGAAAGAGACGAGUCUAAUCGAAUGGACAUGCGCAGAGAGUACACUUAUGUAUGAUGAUGAUUGUGAGUAUGACAUGUUUUACACGCUGUUUGUGGAGCUAGAAUCUAAGAGCAAGAUCCACUUAUCUGCCGAGCAGAAGUCACUGUUCGAUAAAUCUCUGCGGAAACAGCAUGAGUUCUACGAGCACUAUCGUCACAUCGGCACAAUAUGCGAGGCUCGCAUAUUAGUCGUUCGCUCCGGAUCUUUCCACAGACUGCAGGAGUUUAUAAUGGCGACCUCUACGGCCAGCUAUAACCAGUUCAAGAUGCCGAAGAAGUUGCGAACCAAGAAGAUGGUGGAUUUCAUGUUAACAAAUGUUGAUGAAUAAAAUAGCAUUUUAAACAUUUUAAUGUGUACGCACGCGCACAAGCCAAAAUUCAAAAGGAAGCUUCAUAUCAUCAUUAUCUUUUAACUUGCGUUUUGGGUUAUAAAAGAUAUUUAAAGGUUGACGAAAGAAGCGAAGUGUUUUUUUGUGGGGCAGUAGAGGAUGAGAUUGGGAAAACAAAGUUAAUUUCUACAUGCGAUAGCUGCUGCUGUAAUAUAAACAGCGGACUGUUACAAUACAGAUGUAACGCCCUUGAGAAAACGAAAUCCAGAAAUGUAUUUGUUUUUUUGUGACCUUUGUUCAAGUAUGAUGGGGAGGUACACGGUUGGUAAUCACUCUUAUGGCAGUAAAACUAACUUGGUAAGAUUUACAGCAACUUUCGAAAUAAGUAUAGAGCAUUUUGAGAAUAAUUUAAUUCCACAAUAAUGUAGUUAUGGAACAAUUAUAGUUUUUAACCCACAAUUUUUUAAUAUGGAAAACGUUUCUGUCAGAUACGUUUCUCAAUUGUGUGUUCCAACACUAUGGCAUAAUCUUCUUGCGUGGACAAACCGCGGCGAUAUUUAAAAAAACAACCAACUUUUUGGAUUUUUGUCUUAAAUAAAUCAAAGGUUGCUUUAAACGGCUUGUAAAGCAAACAAUAGUACGACAAUUUUAAUGAAGAGCUCAUAUGACCCGUACUUGUUUAUUGUUGCACCAUUCUCGAAAAAGUCAUAUGACUGUGUAAAGUCCAAAGUGAACAAGUAGCCUAUAUAGUUAUCUUUCCGACCGCUGUCUAACCCCUGCUUUCCAAAUAAAACUUGUUUAAAACUAUCGAUCAGCAGUGUCUUUGCUGUCAUGAGUCACGGAUUCUAUAUCACCCUGGAUAAUCCUAGGUUUGUUUAAAGUAUUAUUAUGGACAAUUCUCUUACUUUAAAAUAGAACAUGUUGAGGUUUUUGCGUCAAGCAUUCAGAAAACUUCAUGGGCCUCCGUGCAAUUAGCCUUGAUUUUUGUAACAUCCAUUGACAAGACAAAAAGGAAAAGUAUGCCACAGUGGUACAACCCGCCGUUCAAACGCACAAUUAACAUUAUAAUUACAGAAUCAUUUAAGAUUUUAAGAAUUGGGUUGAUAAGUUUUUGAGUGUCAGUGAUUAGACUCACUUUUGCUAAUCCUGGUCGACAUAGAAUGGGCUUUGGGAUUGUCUUGUCUGAUUUCAUAGUUGUUGUAUUACUGUUGCCAUGUCAAUAUCAGUUUUCCGUUUUUAGUUAUUGUUCUGGGGGGUCAAACGACUUUAAAAGUAUUAUGUUGUUUCUUGUAUACCCUUGUUUCCUUUUCUGAAGACAUUGUCUUUGAGGUACGAGGGGUCGAUUUCACAAGGAUGGAGGUCCUAAACUUUAAAUUAAGGACUAGCUCUAUGGAACCCCUUAAGAGUUAUUAAAAACAUAAGGCUCCUAAGUCAGAACGAGCAACUCGUCCCACAUCGAGAUAAGACUAUAGUGGGGUAGCAUUGUACAAUUAACUGCCCCGUAGUAGUGAUAUGGGCAAACACACCUGUAAUCAAGGACAUCAUGUUUACCCACUUUUGUUUGUACUCAUUCUCCAGGGAUCCCUAUUGUUCUCUUUUGAGGCCACCAGUCUGAAU